GUCGAGGAAACCUGAAGUAUUCAUUUUCUAACGAUAGCCUGUUUCUAAGACAAGCAACCCGUGACCGACAACAAUCAUCGAUUGGUCAUCGGUUGUCCGUUUCCAAACCACGGAUCGGCAGGAAGCGUUGCCAUGCCAACGACCCUCCCCCAGCUGCAACUCAAUCAAUAUCGUCAACACUUCCACUCGAAAGGCAGCUCAAGCUCAUGCAAUAUCUCCAUCCAGCUUUACUUAUAUUUCCGGUAUUGUCUAUGAUUUAACAGACCGGGAUUUUGACAUGUCAUAUUAAUAAAAACCGACCUUCAAAGCAAACCAGCAGAAUUAUACAUCACCAAAACUCAUUAUCUUUAUACCAACAAAACGACAAUGGCUCGACUCAACCCAGCGAGCCCCGUCAAACAAGGCGGCACGCGCGAGAAUGCGACAAAAUCAGUCCGAAAGCUCAAGUCCAACACCAACUCGGUCUUCUCAAGCAAGUUCAGAGACACGUCGCCCACACCCAAGGUGGGAGAUCACUCGGGGACGUUAUUCGACGAACCGGAGUUUAAACGGCCGACUGCGAGAGCGACGACGACAAACGAUAAGCCUGUUCAGCGACAGAGGAAGUUGCAACGGAGCGGAACUGUAUCCAGCGGGACGUUUAAUAUCUUUUCUGAUAGUGAUGGACUGAGUGACCGCGACGAUGUCUCCUUUGCAUCGACUAUGCGCUCCUCGACUACCCGCUCCUCGACUGAAGGACGUCCCAGCGAUCCGUUGCAGUUGGCACGUGCUAACUCGCUGCUGAUGCCGCAGUCGAGGCACUCUAGGAGCCGGUCGACGAGGAAGUCCGAGCUCUAUGAUUACACUAAGGAGAACUACCCCGUGGAGGAGGUUGUGGAGGAUUACUCCACCACAUCUUCUAUCAGUCGGAAUCCCUCUGAUGCGUCCUCGACGCGACGGUCUCCUACCAGGAGGGAGCCGCGGCAGACGAAUAGUAGAAGACAAAAUGACCGCCAGUUUCGGGAUUAUCGCCAGCCGGCAAAUCGGUCCGAGGACGAGGAGAGCGAUGAUGGAUUCAACUCUCUGGAUGACUUCAUUGUCAGUGAUAGCGAAGAGCCUAGCCACCACGACGCAUCUGUCGGCGAGUCGGAACCAGAAGAGUCUAAGAGGGCACCGUCGCCGCCUAGAGUCAAAAGGAGACUGGUUCGAGGCAGAAGGCCGAACCCUGAGGAACAGAUUAAGAGAGCCUUGGAGAGCUCCGCACAUACAAACCUUCGUCUAGAGCCCUCUUUACCAGCUGCUGUUUCGAUGUCCUCCUCUGACCCCCAGGCCAGCCCCAGAAAGCUAUUCCGUAAUACCUCUAACAUCGAUGAGAAGAUGAACCGUCUGGACCUAGAAGACGAUGAUGCUGGUGUUGACGAUGAUGAGGUCGACCACGACGCUGCUGAUGAAGGUGCUGCUGAUGAGGUGGACGCUGAUGAAUAUGACCCGUCCGCUCAACUCCACCAAGAUUUGGAUAAUUUUCUGGGAGGAUUCGAGCUCCGCUCCAAAAGCUCAGAGAUCGAAACAGUGAAUAUGGAAACACCGCCUGCCAGCCCCUCUAAAAGCACUCUCAAGUCACCUUCCAAAGGCAAAGCCCAUAUUCCACCCACACCUUAUCGUGAGAGCGUAGACGCCUUCUGGUCCCAGGAAGCUACAAACAAUUGGAUCGAUCAACAUUCACCGCGCAAAUUACAGAACUUGCUGCAGGAACUCGAGGAGUCCGACAAUGACGUUGACCCCGAGAUCAUGCCUAGAACCAAAGCAACAAAGAAGACGGCCAAGCCUCCUAGCAAGACGGCCCUGAAGAAAGCCGAGACAGAAAAGAAGAGAGCCGCCCUUGAGCGCAAGAAGUCGUUUGAUAACAAGAAGGCCGCUGUCGCAGAAGACUUCUUCAAGGUUUUAGAUGACCACGUUACUGGUGGCCGUAUCCAAGAGAUAGCCGAGGAAACGGGUGGUGUUCAGAUCAUCUGGAGCAAGACCCUCCAGACAACCGCUGGACGGGCGAACUGGAAGCGAGAGAAGCUGCAAACGGAGGGUACACUUGAGACGGAGCCCCAGACACCUGGAGGAUCUCUAUCCAAGCACCAUGCUAGCAUCGAACUGGCUGAGCGGAUUAUAGAUGACGAGGAUCGCUUGCUGAACACGCUAGCUCACGAGUACUGCCACCUGGCCAACUUUAUCAUCUCCAACGUCCACAACAACCCCCAUGGAGCAAGUUUUAAGCAAUGGGGGCUGAAGUGCAAAGAAGUCCUGAAGGACCACCCUGUCUAUGGCGGACGCUUCGAAGUAACGACCAAGCACAGCUACAAGAUCGACUACAAGUAUGUAUGGAGCUGUGUGGACUGCGGCCAGACAUACGGACGUCAUUCAAAGAGCAUCGACACUACGAAGUCUCGAUGUGGAAAAUGCAAAGGUCUGCUCCAGCAGAUCAAGCCAAAGCCACGGAACGUGUCACCCCGAAAGAAGCAGCACCUUGGGGAUGCCGAGAAAGUGGCCGUCGACGAGGUUGCAAACGUACUAGGGGAGAUCAACUUGGGUAACUAAAAUACUCGCGGCUCUUCGGAUCCAGUCAUUGAAGGUGUUCACGGAUUUGUCUCUCAUUCUACAUACAUUUCGGGAAGAUUCAUUUGCCUAUCAUUUACAGCGUUCAUUUGAUGACGAUAUAUCUAUGGUGUUCUCUCUUUAGCGAUGAUAUGCCUGUCCGCCUCUCAUUUGGGAUAUUUUGGUUUUCGUGUUUGAUGUACACAACGAUCCUUAAGCAAUGAGCACAUAUGAAAUUUGUACAUACACAGCUAUACUCUGGA